UUGUGUUAGUAAGUAAUUGGUUUCUAAUAAUUAGCUACUUUCGGCCCGCGGCUCAGUACGAUUCGAACGGCGGUAAGAUUCGGUCGGUUUGGUGUCGGGACCAAGGAAGUUCAAGUGAAUUAACAGAGUGGCUCGAUCGAUAAGCUUGAGGAAAAAGAAACCCGUAGUGUAGAUUGUCAUGCAAGUGUGUUUAUAGCAAGGCUUUUGUGUGUCGGUUCAACUCUUGAAAGAAUGAAAGUGCCUUAUUAGCCUAAGCUACUGCUGUGACACGUCUUACUGAUAUUGACGACGACGACGAGUGUGCCGACAACGACGAGUGCAUCCGGUCAGAAACAAUCAAUCCAAUUGAACGAAAGCAUUCGAACGUGGCAGUAGUGACGGUGGUGCAACAUCCGACGAAAUGAAAAGUGUGUCAGAUUUUCUUAAUGUUACUUAUACUGGCCAGUUGCUGUUAAAGCCAUUCCAAGUUUAGUUAAUUGUGAGAUGAAACUCUUUGCUUAAGUGAUCGAAAUACCUGCAGACAACGGCGCAGAAGCAUUCCAACUUUAGUUAAAUUAUCUGCGUUAUAGACAAUGGCGUGCUUUGCAAAGCUCUUCGGUAGAAAGCACGGUUCGUUCAACUUGCCCGAUGCUGGCACAGGUGAUGGAGAAGUGGUGGCUACACGUGUAACACGGCGGCUUUACGACGAGGAGCUCAAUCAAACGGUACCGCCCGUGAGUCGAAUCAAUGGACAAAUUGGAUUGGAAAAGCUACCGCCACCAUCAUCACCGCCACAGUCGACCACCGUGGUCUCAACGGUGGUGAAAUCAAAUGAACGUGAGUCGGGGCUGGGAUCGUUGGACGAACGAUUAAACAUUACAGGCAACGCUACGGCAAACGACACUAAUCGCGAGCUCCCCGAUCCUAUCGGUCCAGCAGAGGAAUCGUGGCGCGUGCAGGGACCGACCGCAGUGGUACCACCGGCAGCUCCGACAAUCGAACGGCGAGCAUCGAGGCCACGCGACACGGAAAAGGCCAAAAUAAGUUGCAGUUCUCGGGAAACAUCAACCAUCGAACCACCAACCAAGCAGGGCCAGGAGCAACUGCUAAAGGAUCUGCUACAGAACAAGAUCCUACACAUGUUGGCCAUCCAAUCUAAAGGAUACAGUCAGCUAUCUAAAAGCGAACGGGCAACGCUGGUUCGGCUGGAAGAAGAAAUACAAGAGCUGCAAAAGAAGAGCAAAGCUCCGGAGAAGCCGCAACAACUACUGCAGCCCACCAAUGAGCCAAAGAAGAUAGAGCAAGAUCGUCGCAAUAGUGCCAACUCGUACGAAACGAAUCUCCCACCACUGACAAUGCCAUCGGUAAUCGAGCAGUCUGUUACAAAAGCUGACAACCGCACUGAAGAGCCCCUGCAGGAUGGCGAAAUGUCCGACUACGAUGUGAUCCCGGGACAGAAACCAAACGAUGAAGUCGUCCCGGAAGCACCCAGUUCGGAGGAUGACAGAUCGACGGUAUUGCCACCAGAUUUACCGCCUCGAUUGAGCAGGGUUAACAACGUGGAAGAAGCGGACGAUACCUCGCAGGAUGAGGAACCGACACCGCCGAAGUUGCCACCACCAAGAAGUCAGCUGGAACAGAACCUUGCCGUAGAUGAGAUGUUGAGUAGAUCGCUGCAGGAAACGAUCAUUCGACAGAGUGCUCGGGAAGACGAAAAGGAAAUACCUUUACCAACGGCCCCACCACCAUCACGAGAGCCUCCGCCAAUUCCUUCAUCCGAUCAACAAACGAUAGACAAUGAUCCACAAGCAACAACCCCACCACGUAAGGAAAUGCUGCGCAAGGUGUCUUCCCAACGGUCGCUCAUUGAGGAGCUGGACAGUAAAAUCGGCACGCUGAAGAAGACCCGCAAACAGGGCGUAGUGUCGGACAAGACCGAUCUGAAGGAAUCGAAGGACAUUGUCAUCCCAACGCACCCGAAGAGCCCGGACACGGAGCUCCUAAUCAAGACCGCCAUCGUAGCGAACGACUUCCUCAACAACAUGAUGGACGAGGAACGGUUACAGGCCGUAACGGCGGCCAUGAGUUCGAUGACGUUCCCACCAAACAGCUACAUCAUCAAGGAGGGUGACAUUGGGGCGCACUUCUUCGUCUCGGAAGAAGGCACAUACGAGGUCGUGGUGGACAAUAAGGUUAUUAAAUCGUUUGGCCGUGGCGUUGUGUUUGGUGAGCUGGCGAUCCUCUACAAAGCGAAACGAUUUGCCUCGAUCCGCGUGACGACGGGAGCGCGCGUUUGGUUGCUGGAGCGCAAGGUCUUCCAGAAGAUCAUGAUGAAGAGCGGUCGGAAGGAGCGGGAAGAAAACGUACGCUUCCUAAGCACGGUAUCGGUAUUGAAGGAUUUGGAGAUUGAGAAGCUGCACAAAAUAUCGGACCUCUUGAAGCGGGAGUUCUAUGCCACCGGUUCGACCAUCAUCCAGCAGGGAGAUCCGGGAGACAAAUUCUACAUCAUACGCGGCGGCAGCGUAAACGUCAUCAAAACUGACAAAAAGGGCAACGACCGUCUGGUCGGAACGCUGCAGCGUGGUGCAUACUUCGGUGAGCAGGCCCUCCUCCACGAGGACCGUCGUCUGGCCAGCAUUAUUGCAAACCCACCGGGAACCGAGUGUCUGACGCUGAACCGCAUUGCAUUCAACGAGUUCCUGGGCGGAUUGGAGAAGCUGCGUGAGGUGAAACUCUCCGACACGAUACCACGCAGCUCGACGAUGACAAAUAUUGUCUCAGAGUACGACCAUAUCCAGUUGCACGAUCUGACCUACAUCGGAACGCUUGGCAUCGGUGGUUUCGGGCGGGUGGAGCUGGUCCAGUACAAAAACCACCAAACCUUUGCCCUCAAAUACCUGAAAAAGAUCGAAAUGGUACGGCAGCAGCAGCAGGAGCACGCCUACAGCGAAAAGGACAUCAUGCUAAGCUGCAACAGUCCGUUCAUCGUACGCCUGUAUAAAACCUACCGUGACAAGAAGUAUCUCUACUUCCUGAUGGAGGCCUGUCUCGGCGGUGACGUCUGGACCGUGCUGCAGAAGAGUAAGUUCUUCGACGAGCGCACCGCUCGCUUCAUAACGGGCUGUGUCGUCGAAGCAUUCGAGUAUCUGCACAGCCGGAACAUGAUCUACCGUGACUUGAAGCCGGAAAAUCUAAUGCUGGAUGAGAAGGGCUACAUCAAGCUGGUUGACUUUGGGUUUGCCAAACGCAUCGGACCGAACCAGAAGACGUGGACGUUCGCCGGUACGCCAGAGUACGUGUCGCCGGAAAUCAUCCUCAAUAAGGGUCACGACCGGGCCGUCGACUACUGGGCGCUGGGUGUGCUGAUCCACGAGCUGCUGGUCGGGAAGCCACCGUUCCGGGGCAAGAAUCACAUGAAGACGUACAAUGCCAUCCUGCGCGGUAUUGACAUUAUUGAACUACCGUCCCGCGUACCCAAGAAGGCACAGGUGCUGAUUAAGCGCCUCUGCCGACAGACGGCGGCCGAACGGCUGGGGUACGGCAAGAACGGUAUAGCCGACAUUAAGAACCAUCCCUGGUUCGGGAGCUUCGAGUGGCAAAAGUUGAAGGAACGAACGAUGCCAGCGCCUCUCAUACGUCCCAUCGUGUCCGAUAUUGAUUUGUCGAACUUUGACGAAUACCCGAAGGAUCAGGACGAACCGCCGGACGAAACGUCGGGAUGGGAUAUUAAUUUUUAAUUUACUCGCAUUAAGCAAACAAAGAAAGAGAGAGAAAGAGAGAGAGAGAGAGAGAGAGAGAGAGAGAGAGAGAGAGAGAGAUAGCAAGCGGCAAACGUCAGCAAACAUCCACCAGCCCAGACAGUUCCCACAGUUUGGUUUGCACGAAUUAAUUUGCACAGUAAGCCAUCCGCAAUGAACGUUAAUCAGUUUCAUGUUUUUCCUUUCCCCCCAAGUUCAGCCACUCUCGCUUCUGGGAUUGUGUUCGGCCGUGUUCUAUUGCGUUAAUAUUUUCACGAUUGUUUGUAGGAUGGCAGUCCACCGCCAGUCGGCAGCUGUACGAAAACGUGAUAUUCGUUGCAGGGUAUUAACAAUAAAAUUGGAUCUUAAAUACGCA